CGCUGGUCAAACUCGUGCGUCUUACGUCCCGUGAAUCCAUGACGUGCUGCAUCACGCGAGUAACAACGGUUGACUGUACGCUAGAGCAGUUGCAAACUUGAAACUUUUUGAAAGAUUUUUAAAGAUGAAUAGAGGUUUUAAAACUUUAAAGACCCGAUGAGUUUGGCACUUGAUUUGGAGGAAGAUAUUGGGGAGUCUUCACACGAAGGUUUUGUGGAAUUGGAGGAGUUUUAUGGGAAGGACAACGAAUGUGUUUGGAAAGAAACCGCAAGAUGGAUCAAGUUCGAAGAAGAUGUUGAAGAAAAUGCAAAUCGAUGGGGUAAACCUCACGUACCGUGUUUGAAUUUCUCGAGUGUUCGAGAUGUGAGAAGAACACUUGAAAACGGAGCAAUUCUUCUGGAUUUAGAUGAAAAUAAUUUACAGAACAUUGCGAUUACAGUGGCUGAACAGCUCAUCGCUCUGGGCUCUUUGCUUCCUGAAGAGAAGGAUGUUUUCAUUUCUGUUCUUCUAACACCUCAUCUACAUAAUUUACAAAAGAAACAUGGGGGCUCAACAAGCGGUCGUCGUUUUUCUCGUGUUGUUCCUACGUCCACUAAUAGCAAAACUAGCACGAAAUACAAUAAGGGAUUACCGAUAAUUGUGGAAGACAAAUCGGACGAAACAUCGGGGGAAGGAACGUCCUCCCAACCAAAAGAUAAGCCUCAGUACUCCUUUCUAGCUGAGCCAGUUGCGCUACCUAACACGGUGUCAACAAUACAGAGGCAUAUCCCCAAGAAUGCUGAAGCCACUACUGUUCUUGUGGGAACCCAUGAGGAUCUCACAAGACCUUCAGGGGCUUUUGUUCGACUUCUACACGGCUGUAACCUGCAGAACUUAGCAGAAGUGAAGAUACCUGUGAGGUUUUUGUUCAUCCUCCUGGGACCAGAAGAUGAGGUGAUAAAUUAUCAUGAGGUUGGCYGGAGUAUGGCGACGUUUAUGUCUGAGAAACUCUUUCUUGAUUCGGCAUACUCGGCCAAGAAUGUUAACGACCUCCUUCAGUCAAUAGACAGCUUCUUGAGCGACAGUAUACUAAUCCCCCCAGGGGAAUAUGACCGCAACGUUCUGAGCCACACCAUUCCUAUCCUGGCUGACCAAGCUAAAGAGAUCGCUCUUCGUAGACGAGAAACAACGAUCAAAAUAGAGAAGGUAAAAGGGCCUAGUGAAAAAGUGAAAGACGAAGCAGAGGCUCCAGAAGUGGAAGAUGCGCUUGAAAGAACAGGGAGAUUCUGUGGUGGUUUGCUUCGAGAUAUCAAGAGGCGGUUCUCGAUGUACAAGAGUGACAUCUUGGAUUCCCUUAACAUGCGCUGUGCAAUGGCUACCAUCUUCGUCUAUCUUGCUUGUCUGGCUCCAGCAGUUUCGUUUGGUGGGCUGCUGUACGAAAACACCGAUCAUUGGAUGGGAGUUUCCGAAAUGAUCUUCGCAACUGCUCUAUGUGGUAUCAUCUUUUCACUCUUUGCAGGACAGCCUCUAAUUAUUAUUGGCGCAACAGGACCAUUAUUAGUGUUCGAGAAGAAUACCUUCGACCUGUGCAACAAUUUUCACCUGGAAUAUCUCCCUUGGAGAGCGUGGGUUGGUCUGUGGGUCAUGGUGAUCUGCUUUGGCAUCAUUGCUUUUGAAGGGUGCUUUUUGAUUCGCUACUUUACUCGCUUCACAGAAGAAAUCUUCGCGAUCUUGAUUUCCCUCAUCUUUAUUUACGAUGGCCUCUCCUAUGUGUGGAAACUCUAUCACUACGAGAACCUGAAGCGUAGCCAUGACGACGAGAGCCACAGCUCAGAGGAUUAUCUCAACACAGCUCUCUUCACGACAAUUCUUUUGUUUGGGACCUUCUUUAUCGCCCACAGCUUGCGACAGUUGAGACACAGCCAUUUCUUCGGCAACGUUGCGCGUAGGAUUGUGAGUGACUUUGGUGUUCUUAUUGCCAUCGUUGCCAUGGUGAUAUUGGAAUUGAUCGCGGGUAGCAUAUCGACGCAUAAGCUGGAAGUACCUGAAGGUGUACUGACCUUGACGUCUCCUAAGAGGACUGGCUGGCUUGUGAAUCCCAUGGGUAUUGAGAGUACUACAUCUGCUAGUAGCAUCAUGGCGGCUUUGAUUCCAGCAAUCCUCGUCAGUAUCCUACUCUUCAUGGAGGUCGAGUUCUGCAAUGUCAUCUUGGAUAAAAAAGACAACAAGCUCAAGAAAGGACCAGGGUAUAACCUUGAUCUGUUCAUCGUUGGUCUUCUCGUCGGUCUGUGUUCCAUUCUUGGUCUUCCUUGGAUGUGCGCAACUCCUGUUCACACGGUGUCACACUUCCAUGCCCUGUCUGUCUUGAGCACCAACAACCCUCCAGGCGAGCACCCCCAUCUUAUCGAAGUCAAGGAACAGAGAGUCACCAAUGUCCUCAUCCAUCUUCUGAUUGGCGUCUCAGUUGUUCUUGCUCCAGUUCUUCGCCUUAUACCUGUCGCUGUCCUCUUUGGUGUCUUCAUCUUCCUUGGGGUGUCAUCCUUGUCACAUCUUCAACUUGUUGAGCGUGCCAAGCUACUCAUCAUCUCACCAAGCCACCACCCUGACUUGAACUACGUGCGUAAUGUAUCGACUGCCAAGAUGCAUUUCUUCACCAUUGUGCAGAUCAUCUGUGUGGUGGUACUCUUCGCUACGAAGCUCUCGCCUGCAGCACCUGGAUUCCCCUUCUUCAUCAUCUGUUUGAUUCCGCUAAGGAAACUUCUUGAACGAUUCUAUGAAGCGAGCGAGUUAGAAGAACUAGAUAAUGAAGUAGACGAGGUCUAUGACAGCGACCUAGAUGACUUUGAAUCCAUUCAUUUACCUAUGUAACUUAUGAAAGUGAACUGAAAAGGCUUUAUUUUCCAAGUCAUUGAUUUUAUCAGUAACGCCAAGUGACAUUA